GAGAGGCUUGCGUUGCAAACAGUGUAGCACUGCUCACACCAUGCGGUUUCACGCUAUACUGCUCCUCGCCGCUGCACACACUGCAGAAAGUCUCCUGCGCGCCGCGCUGGUGUCGCCGGGCAAGGCUGUGUCGGUAUCAAUUGAGUACAGCGGUGCUGCGGACGCCAUCGACGAGCUGUCGCAGGAGCUGCGAAAAGCAAAAGCCGCGGCCAUCUGGUGCGACGACGUUGAUGCGGUGAAAUGCUUCGCCAAUGAGCAGGCGACGGCCAAGGGUGAUUUCCCGGGCCCGCUGCCAGUCGUGUACACCGGCGCGGACCGACAAGCCGCCACGGAUGCCGGCGCCGCGGCGGUGGUCGCCGACGCGGGCGAGGACGUGAGCGUCGCUCCGGUGAUCUGGCGCGUCACCGCCGAUAAUGCUGCCGGCGCGGCCGCCGCCGCGGGUGAGGGAGACGCGUUCCUGUUCGACGCCGACGCGACGGCCGCCGUCGUCGCCGCGCUGCCGGCCAAGGCCGUCGCCGUCGCGUCACUGAAUGCGAUGCAGGAGGACGAGGCCGAGGUCGAGGCGGGCCGAGCGUGCCGCGACGCCGGCGCCGCCGGCGUGCUGUUACGGCGGGCGUGCGUCGGCGACGACGAGGACAUAAAAUACGCGCGGCACGCCGUGGGCCUCCUCCGGUCGAAGCGGUCGUCGAGCUUCGCCAUGGACGGCUUCACGGGCUCGACGAACGGCCACUUCGGGACUUCCUACGGCGGUGCCGACAAGCCGAAGGCCUGGAAGCGGCAACAGGUCGCUGCCUAAGCA